CCAAGAUCGGGUAUGGUGGGGCUUCAAUUGCAUUUUACUUACUCUUAUUCUUUAGAUAGAGUUUAGGACAGCGAAAAAGUCUCAGUCAUCGUUGUCGCAUGCUGAGAAGUAGACUCUUUUCAAUUAAAGUUGUAGUCAUAUAAUCAUCAGCGAUGACGAAAAUAUUUUUAAUAGUUUUGGUAGCAAUCAUUGCUACUGUUUCUGCUGGCGGUACAUAUUAUCAUCCUAAAGUGGUAUCUUCAGGUGGAUGUGCCUCUUAUACAUGUGGAACGAACGCGAAGUGCUCAAUGACUGAUGGUCGACCUGUGUGUUCAUGUUUGAAUCUUCAUAUGGGUGACCCUUUGAUUCAUUGUCAUCAAGUUGAGUGUAUAAUUCCUGAAGACUGUCCGAGUCAUAAAACUUGUACUCACAAUCACUGUGUGGAUCCUUGCGCUGGUCUCUGUGGUGUGAAUGCUGACUGUGAAGUUAGAAAUCAUAUUCCGACGUGUUCUUGUCCACCAGGACAUACUGGUGAUCCAUUUAAGUCUUGUCACAUUGCUGAUCCACAGGCGGCUUGUAAGCCGAGUCCUUGUGGAGUAAAUACACGCUGCGAAGUAGUCAGAGAGGUACCAAUAUGUACAUGUCUCCCAGGAUAUCGGGGAUCACCACUGAAUGGAUGCCGACGUGAGUGUGAAAGUGAUGCUGAAUGUGCCAGUCAUCUUGCUUGCUCAUCAAAUUUCAAAUGCGAAAGUCCUUGUAAGUGCGGUGAUGGUGCUAAUUGUGACGUAAUACAUCAUCAAGCCAAGUGCACAUGUCCAAGCAAUUGGCUUGGAAAUCCGUACUCGAGAUGUUAUCCAGAGUGUACUACUCACUCAGAGUGUCCACGAAGUAAGCCAGCGUGUCUUUACCAAAAAUGUACGAAUCCUUGCGAAGGAGCUUGUGGUGUAAAUGCCAAUUGCGAACUCAGAGGUAUCACUCCAGUAUGUAGUUGUCCAAGAGAUAUGACUGGAAAUCCGUUCAUUAGUUGCCGACCUUUUGAACCUGAGGAUCUUUGCAAACCAAAUCCUUGCGGAGAAAAUGCAAUUUGUACACCUGGCCACGAUAAUACUGGAAAGGAAAGACCAGUAUGUACUUGUCCUACUGGAUAUACCGGAAACGCUUUGGUCCAUUGUCGAAGAGGUGAAUGUCAAGUUGACAGUGAGUGUCCAGAUAAUCGAGCUUGCAUUGAUUAUUACUGUCAAAAUCCAUGUACCGGAAAAGAAUGUGCAGCUACUGCGAAAUGUGAAGCUCGACGUCAUAUUGCUGUGUGUACUUGUUUAGAUGGAACUCGCGGUGAUGCAAUUAUUGGUUGCAACACUAUUCAGUCUCGCAUCAGCGGAUAUGGAAGAUACUUGAGUUGAAACUGAUAUUUUAACACUAAACUAUUUUUUUAAAUGAUUACAAUCAACGAGUACUUUUUAUUUAAGAAAAAAAAAACAACAGUACCUACAAUAAGACUAAUAAUUAAAUUAAAAAUAAAUAUAAAUUUUUGAAGUAAUAUUUUAAUAUUUAUUAUAUAAUUAGCAUAUUACUAAAAAGAAACUGUUAAUUUAACUUAAUUACAAUAUAAUGUUAGAUUUUUUAAAUUUAAUUAUCUUGUGAAUAACAUUUAUAUUUUUUUU